GGGCGGGCUGCCCUGGGUUGCUCCCCGGCCGAGGCAGGUCUGUAGCCCCAGCCGCCGUGCGCCCUACGCCCAGCGCCCUCCCUGGCUCCUGUGCGCCCUGCGCCCUGCCUCGCCCCAGUGCGCCCUGACCCGACGCCUUGCCUCGUCGCUUUUCUUUCCCUCCCAGGACGGGAGAUUGCAGCCUAGGGGUCCGGACCAGGGCCGGCACGCCCCCAGAGAGGAGUCGGUGCAACCCUGACGAGAAGCAGAGAUGGGGAAAAAACUGGAUCUUUCCCAGCUCACGGACGAGGAGGCCAAGCACGUCUGGGAAGUGGUCCAACGGGACUUUGACCUUAGAAGGAAGGAAGAGGAAAGACUAGAGGGGUUGAAGGGCAAGAUUAAGAGGGAAAGUUCCCAGAGGGAGCUGCUUUCGGACACCGCCCACCUGAAUGAGACCCACUGUGCCCGUUGCCUGCAGCCCUACCGGCUCCUGGUGAUGCCCAAGAGGCAAUGUGUGGACUGCCACCUCUUCAUCUGCAAGGCCUGCAGCCACGCCCAUCCAGAGGAGCAGGGCUGGCUCUGCGACCCCUGCCACCUGGCCAGAGUCGUGAAGAUCGGCUCGCUAGAGUGGUACUACGGGCACGUGAGAGCCCGCUUCAAGCGGUUCGGGAGCGCCAAGGUGAUCCGAUCCCUCUGCGGGCGGCUGCAGGGUUUGCCUGACAGAGCGCACGGCUCGCCCGACAUCAACAGUGGGCCUGCGCGAAGCCCUGGAGAGAGAAGCGGAGACAGCAAUGAGCAGACGGAUGAGGAUGGAGAACUGGACACAGCUGCCCAGGCCCAGCCCCUUGGCAGCAAAAAAAAGCGUCUCCUCCCCAUUCACGGCCUGGACUUCGAGACAGACUCUGACGACUCCACUCCGUCUUUCAGUCACCCUCCACACCUGUCCUCAGUCCCAGCGGCCACAGACAGCCUGCAGGUCCUCACAGGUGAGCCCUGCAUAGAUGAGGCCACCUCCCAGGAGGCCGUGGUCCAGGAGGAGACUGACGCCAGUGCCUCUGGGUACCACCUCCGUCCAAACAAGCAGACAGACAGCCUCUCGUUUGCCGGACAGGAUGCCCUCGCUGAGCUCUGCCUGCCUGGAGAGUCCUACACGAAGGCCCUAGGAAUCGCUGCCAUGCCUGGGGCGAACGUCACCGAGAAUCGGCAGCUCCCAUCCCAGUACCUGGCCGAUGUGGACACCUCCGAUGAAGAGAGCGUCCGAGCUCACAGGGGGGCCUCCCACAGGUCCACACGCAGGGGCCGGACUCCGUCUGAGAGCCAGAUCUUUGAGCUGAAUGAGCGCAUGUUAGCCGUGGAACGCCUGCUGACCCACCUGGAGAACAUAGUCGUGCCUCCCGAGGCCAAGGGUCUAGCUGCCAGCGAGCCCACAGACGCCGACAUAGAAGAGGUGACCCUAAAGAGAAAGCUGGAGGAGUUGACCAGCCACGUCAGUGACCAGGGGACCUCGUCCGAGGAGGAGGAGGGCAAGGAUGAAGGGGCAGAGCUGGAGGGGAGCACAUCCACUGAGGACCUCCCAUGGGCGGCCACAGAGGUGAGGCCACCGAGCAGUCUCAGCAGGACACAGGCAGAGGUGUGCGCAGCUGCAGGACAAACGUACAGCCAGGAAACAACCCCCUGGGGCCCUCAGGACCCCGUGCAGCCCAGCAGGACCACGGACGAGGAGCUGUCAGAGCUGGAGGACAGAGUGGCCGUGACGGCCUCCGAGGUCCAGCAGGCAGAGAGUGAGGUUUCGGAUAUUGAGUCCAGGAUCGCAGCCUUGCAGGCAGCAGGGCUCACGGUCAGGCCCUCGGGAAAGCCGCGGAGGAAGUCCAACCUCCCGAUAUUUCUUCCCCGGCUUGUUGGGAAAACUGGCCAGAGUCCUAAGGAUCCAAAUGCAGACCCAUUGGAAGAGGUCAAGGUCGUGGCUGUACCCUUUCUGCUGAAGAAGAAGUUCAGUAAUUCCCCCAAAAGUCAAGGCAAAGACGACGCCCCCUUGGACCGGAAGUCGGUGUACCGCGGAUCCCUGACCCUGAGAAACCCCAACGGCAGGAGGGGCGCCACCAGGCACAGCUUCGCGAAACCUGUGAUGACCCACCAGCCCUAAAGGGGGACGUUCGUCAGAACAGGACAGCGUGACAGAGCAGCCCCGGCCUUUCUUUCCCUGCACCACGACCAUGGCACCCCUCCACCUGCCCUCCGCUUUCCACUGCAAACUGUCCAGUGGAGAAGCGAGGAGAAUCCCCAUCCGUAAUGGAGCCCUGGCUGCGAAAUGACAGCGGUCCUCAGACCUUCAGCUGCUCCCCACGUUCACUGGCAACUUCCAAGGCCUCUCCUGCCAGCCUGCUCUGAUCCGUGAGAAACAUCCAAGCCGAUAGGUCCUUCCUUUAGGAGGGUAUUGUUUAAACUUUUUGAAGGACACGCAGAAGAACUUUUUCAAUGUGGACUUUUACCCCUUUCCCUGCUGGCUUUCUUCUGUUGCUUUCAUGAAUGGAACAGAAAAGGGAUGACUCAGUAUGGUACCUGCUGUCUCUAUAUUCUUGACUAUGUAUAUCGGAGCGUGGGUAGAUGUGUGUGUUUCUGUGCGGGUGUGAUUGGAGAAGGAAAUUGGGCAUCCAGACAAGUGGCUGAACUCAUGACCAGCUGAAAAAUGAAGGAGGGAUAGACCCCGCAACCCCCGCCCCACGCACACACCAGUUUGUGAGUUCACCUGUGGUUCACAGACCAGGAGAGACUACACUGUGGUCAAGGGCAGAGCAUACACAUGGUGGCAAGUGAGCAGUGGAUCAAUGCCCAGAUGCAGGUGCAGAGGACCUGAUGGGAAAGGCAGUGGAUGGAGCUCUAGAUGGGCGGGUGGAAGACUGGGAUCCACUUGGCAGUACCUCUCACUACGGUGGAUCCAGUAGGACAGAGGGCCAGGACCAAUUAUUGCCAAUAAUUGCCAGCCACUUGCCAUCAGUUCCGUAGAUGAGCUCCAACUUCUCCUCCACCUGGGACAGUCUAGGAUUCAGAGUUAUUUCUGGGUGUCUGCGUGACUCAUCCAGUUUCAAGGGCAGCCCCCCGGGACCCUCCAGAGCUGCCUUUGAACACAGGAGCAGUAAUGGCAUCUCCCCCUCACUGAGCAUGGCUGUGUCCUUCACAGGGACUCCUUCAUUUCAUCCUCCAAUUAUGUUUCAGCCCAUGCUGAGUAUGGGGCCGCCUCCCCUGGAACCAGAAGCUCCUUUGCCAAUCCUCUGAUACUUUCCAAAGGGACUUUGGGGUCAGCUUUAACUUUUCUCUCUCAAAUCUCUUGGUGUUUGUGUUCACUUGAAAUGGUGACCAAAAGAAGAUGAUGGAGAAAUGA